AUGCCGCCACGAAAGCCCAAAUUCAAGAUCACAUGGUGGAUGCGACUUCGGUCGAAGAUUCGGACUUUUAACACCCCACUAUAUCUUCGGGAUAGCAUCGUGCGACUCCGGCACGACAACCGUCACCCGUACUUUGCACUAUUAAAGUUGUUCAUUAUACACCUGCAAAUGCCAUCAAGGAACUGGUCUUAUGACUAUCCACUGCCAGAGCCACUUGCCCCUAAGGAUAUUGCAGAUAAUGAGGCUCUCUUUAAUCGCCAUCACCCCGAUAUCUUCCAACUGAGAUAUAUCCCCAUAUGGGCCAUACGCGAUACCCCUCUCCGUGCUAUCUAUCGCCUCUAUGAGGUACUAAUGACGCGCGAAUUUGUCUUGCUUCGUCUCGAAUGCGAGUAUAUGUGGCGUCAGCUCGGCCGAAAAUGGUCCCUACAUUCAAUACCAGAUCCUUGUGAUCCAGAUCCUGUUCGAUACGCUAUGCUGGCUUCCACUGUUGAGGAGUUAGUCAGGGCUUUUAACUGGCGCCUUCAGCAUGGCCAAAGAAGGAAUGGGAGGAAUGUUCGCAGGAGUAUGGAGAAUCCUUGGCCUAAGUAUGAUCCGGAAGUCACGCCUUCUUGGACAGCCUCUGUUCCUCCUAUACAGGAAGAGGAUCUGUGCGAGCUUCCUUCAGACAUGGUACAAAAUGGUCAACUAUUUCUCGGAGAUGGAGGAUGUGAGAACUUCAUUCGUCGAAACUUUGACGCUCCUACGCGUUAUUUAUAUACGACAUGA